ACCUACGCCCACCACUGAAACCUCAACGUCAACAACAUACUCAACAUCAACACCUACGAUGACAACACCAAAGACAUCAGUCACUACACCUACGCCCACCACUGAAACCUCAACGUCAACAACAUACUCAACACCUACGAUGACAACACCAAAGACCACAGUCACUACACCUACGCCCACCACUGAAACCUCAACGUCAACAACAUACUCAACACCUACGAUGACAACACCAAAGACCACAGUCACUACACCUACGCCCACCACUGAAACCUCAACGUCAACAACAUACUCAACACCUACGAUGACAACACCAAAGACAACAGUGACUACACCUACACCCACCACCUCUGAAAUGACUUCAUUAACAACGCAUUCAACAUCAACAUCCUCUACUACUACAGCAAAACCCACCACAUCAACAACUCACCAAACAUCAACACCUACCAUGUCUUCAUCCACUCACAAAACAAUACCAACUAGCACAGUAACCACUCCUACACCCACCAUCCCAGAAACAACAUCAACCACUCAAACAACUAUUUCCAGUGUCAAGACAACACCAAGUACAACAGAGACCACACAUACUCCUACUACCACUAAACCUACAACAUUAACACCGACUCCUACUUCAACCACUCACACAACUUCAACCACAACGCCAACUACAACAGUGAGCACUCACACACCAACUACUUCAGAGACAACUACAUCAACAACACACUCAACUUCAACACCUACUACAAUUUCAACCACUCCGACAACUGCUUCAACUACUAAGACAACACCAACUACUCCAGAGACCACACAUACUUCCACUAUAACUAAAAUCACAAAAUCUACACCUACUCCUACUUCAACCACUGAUACAACUUCUACCACAAUGCCAUCUACAACUUCCACUACCAAGACUACCCCAACAACACACUCAACAUCAACACCUACUACAACCCCAACCACUCACCCAACUACUUCAACUACUUCCACUACCAACACUACACCAGAGACCACACAUACUUCCACUACCACUCAAACCACAACAUCAAUGCCUACUCCUACUUCAAGCACUCACACAACUUCCACUACAAAACCAACUACAACCGUGAGCACUCACACACCAACCACUUCAGAGACAACUGCAUCAACAACACACUCAACAUCAAAACCUACUCCAACCUCAACCACUCAUCCAACGUCUUCUACUACCAUGAAAACACUAACUACACCAGAUACUACACAUACUUCCACUACCACUGAAACCACAAAACCGACACCUACUCCAACUUUAACCACUCACACAACUUCUACCAAAACGCCAUCUACAUCAACAACACACUCAACAUCAACACCUACUACGACCUCCACCACUCACCCAACUACUUCAACUACUUCCACUACCAAGACGACACCAGAGACCACACAUACUUCCACUACCACUCAAACCACAACAUCAAUGCCUACUCCUACUUCAAGCACUCACACAACUUCCACCACAACACCAACUACAACAGUGAGCACCCACACACCAACUACUUCAGAGACAACUACAUCAACAACACAUUCAACAUCAACACCUUCUACGACUUCAACCACUCACACAACUACUUCAACUACUAAGACAACACCUACUACACCAGAGACUACGCAUACUUCCACUACUACUGAAACAACAAAACCGACGCCUACUCCUACUUUAACCACUCUCACAACUUCUACCACAACGCCAUUUACAACAGUGAGCACUCAGACACCAACUACUUCAGAGACAACUGCAUCAACAACACACUCAACAUCAAAACCUACUCCAACCUCAACCACUCAUCCAACUUCUUCUACUACUAAGACAACACUAACUACACCAGAUACUAAACAUACUUCCACUACCACUGAAACCACAAAACCGACACCUACUCCUACUUUAACCACUCACACAACUUCUACCAAAACGCCAUCUACAUCAACAACACACUCAACAUCAACACCUACUACAAUUUCAACCACUCCGACAACUGCUUCAACUACUAAGACAACACCAACUACUCCAGAGACCACACAUACUUCCACUAUCACUAAAAUCACAAAAUCUACACCUACUCCUACUUCAACCACUGAUACAACUUCUACCACAAUGCCAUCUACAACUUCCACUACCAAGACUACACCAACAACACACUCAACAUCAACACCUACUACAACCCCAGCCACUCACCCAACUACUUCAACUACUUCCACUACCAACACUACACCAGAGACCACACAUACUUCCAUUACCACUCAAACCACAACAUCAAUGCCUACUCCUACUUCCACCACUCACACAAUUUCCACCACAACACCAACUACAACAGUGAGCACUCACACACCAACUACUUCAGAGACAACUACAUCAACAACACACUCAACAUCAACAUCUUCUACAACUUCAACCACUCACACAACAACUUCAACUACUAAGACAACACCAACUACACCAGAGACUACACAUACUUCCACUACCACUGAAACCACAAAGCCAACACCUACUCCUACUUUAACCACUCUCACAACUUCUACCACAACGCCAUUUACAACAGAGAGCACUCACACACCAACUACUUCAGAGACAACUGCAUCAACAACACAUUCAACAUCAAAACCUACUCCAACCUCAACCACUCAUCCAACUUCUUCUACUACUAAGACAACACUAACUACACCAGAUACUACACAUACUUCCACUACCACUGAAACCACAAAACCGACACCUACUCCUACUUUAACCACUCUCACAACUUCUACCACAACGCCAUCUACAACAGUGAGCACUCACACACCAACCACUUCAGAAACUACAACAUCUACAACACACUCAACAUCAACACCUACUACAACCUCAACCACUCAUCCAACUUCUUCUACUACUAAGACAACACCAACUACACCAGAUACUACACAUACUUCCACUACCACUGAAACCACAAAACCGACACCUACUCCCACUUCAACCACUCACACAACUUCUACCACAACACCAUCUACAUCAACAACACACUCAACAUCAACACCUACUACAACCUCAACCACUCACCCAACUACUUCAACUACUUCCACUACAGCAGAGACCACACAUACUUCCACUACCACUCAAACCACAACAUCAAUGCCUACUCCUACUUCCACCACAACGCCAUCUACAACAGUGAGCACUCACACACCAACCACUUCAGAAACUACAACAUCUACAACACACUCAACAUCAACACCUACUACAAUUUCAACCACUCAUCCAACUUCUUCCACUACUAAGACAACACCAACUACACCAGAGACGACACAUACUUCCACUACCACUGAAACCAAAAAACCGACACCUACUCCUACUUCAACCACUCACACAACUUCUACCACAACGCCAUCUACAUCAACAACACACUCAACAUCAACACCUACUACAAACUCAACCACUCACCCAACUACUUCAACUACUUCCACGACCAAGACUACACCAGAGACCACACAUACUUCCACUACCACUCAAACCACAACAUCAAUGCCUACUCCUACAUCCACCACUCACACAACUUCCACCACAACACCAACUACAAAAGUGAGCACUCACACACCAACUACUUCAGAGACAACUACAUCAACAACACACUCAACUUCAACACCAACUACAACUUCAACCACUCACACAACUACUUCAACUACUAAUACAACACCAACUAUACCAGAGACCACACAUACUUCCACUACCACUGAAACUACAAAACCGACACCUACUCCUACUUUAACCACUCUCACAACUUCUACCACAACGCCAUUUACAACACCAUCUACAACAGUGAGCACCCAAACACCAACCACUUCAGAAACUACAACAUCUACAACACACUCAACAUCAACACCUACUACAACCUCAACCACUCACCCAACAACUUCAACUACUUCCACUACCAAGACUACACCAGAGACCACACAUACUUCCACUACCACUCAAACCACAACAUCAAUGCCUACUCCAACCACUCACACAACUUCCACCACAACACCAACUACAACAGUGAUAACUCACACACCAACUACUUCAGAGACAACUACAUCAACAACACACUCAACAUCAACACCUUCUACAACUUCAACCACUCACACAACUACUAAGACAACUCCAACUACACAUACGUCCACUACCACUGAAACCCCAAAGCCGACACCUACUCCUACUUUAACCACUCUCACAACUUCUACCACAACGCCAACUACAACAGUGAGCACUCACACACCAACCUCUUCAGAAACUACAACAUCUACAACACACUCAACAUCAACACCUACUACAACCUCAACCACUCAUCCAACUUCUUCUACUACUAAGACAACGCUAACUACACCAGAUACUACACAUACUUCCACUACCACUGAAAGCACAAAACCAACACCUACUCCCACUUCAACCACUCACACAACUUCUACCACAACGCCAUCUACAUCAACAACACACUCAACAUCAACACCUACUACAACCUCAACCACUCACCCAACUACUUCAACUGCUUCAACUACUUCCACUACCAAGACUACACCAGAGACCACACAUACUUCCACUACCACUCAAACCACAACAUCAAUGCCUACUCCUACUUCCACCACAACACCAACUACAACAGUGAGCACUCACACACCAACUACUUCAGAGACAACUACAUCAACAACACACUCAACAUCAACACCUUCUACAAUUUCAACCACUCGGACAACUAUUUCAACUACUAAGACAACACCAACUACUUCAGAGACCACACAUACUUUCACUAUCACUAAAACCACAAAAUCUACACCUACUCCUACUUUGACUACUCAUACAACUUCUACCACAACGCCAUCUACAACAGUGAGCACUCACACACCAACCACUUCAGAAACUACAACAUCUACAACACACUCAACAUCAACACCUACUACAACCUCAACCACUCAUCCAACUUCUUCCACUACUAAGACAACACCAACUACACCAGAGACUACACAUACUUCCACUACCACUGAAACCACAAAACCAACACCUACUCCUACUUUAACCACUCUCACAACUUCUACCACAACGCCAUUUACAACACCAUCUACAACAGAGAGCACUCAAACACCAACCACUUCAGAAACUACAACAUCUACAACACACUCAACAUCAACACCUACUACAACCUCAACCACUCACCCAACUACUUCAACUACUUCCACUACCAAGACUACACCAGACACCACACAUACUUCCACUACCACUCAAACCACAACAUCAUUGCCUACUCCAACCACUCACACAAAUUCCACCACAACACCAACUACAACAGUGAGCACUAACACACCAACUACUUCAGAGACAACUACAUCAACAACACACUCAACAUCAACACCUUCUACAACUUCAACCACUCACACAACUACUAAGACAACUCCAACUACACCAGAGACUACACAUACUUCCACUAGCACUGAAACCACAAAGCCCACACCUACUCCUACUUUAACCACUCUCACAACUUCUACCACAACGCCAUUUACAACAGUGAGCACUCACACACCAACUACUUCAGAGACAACUACAUCAACAACACACUUAACAUCAACACCUACUACAAUUUCAACCACUCAGACAACUACUUCAACUACUAAGACAACACCAAAUACUCCAGAGACCACACAUACUUCCACUACCACUGAAACCACAAAACCGACACCUACUCCUACUUUAACCACUCUCACAACUUCUACCACAACGCCAUUUACAACACCAUCUACAACAGUGAGCACUCAAACACCAACCACUUCAGAAACUACAACAUCUACAACACACUCAACCUCAACACCUACUACAAGCUCAACCACUCAUCCAACUUCUUCCACUACUAAGACAACACCAACUACACCAGAUACUACACAUACUUCCACUACCACUGAAACCACAAAACCAACACCUACUCCUACUUUAACCACUCUCACAACUUCUACCACAACGUCAUUUACAACACCAUCUACAACAGUGAGCACUCAAACACCAACCACUUCAGAAACUACAACAUCUACAACACACUCAACAUCAACACCUACUACAACCUCAACUACUCACCCAACAACUUUAACUACUUCCACUACCAAGACUACACCAGAGACCACACAUACUUCCACUGCCACUCAAACCACAACAUCAAUGCCUACUCCAACCACUCAUACAACUUCCACCACAACACCAACUACAACAGUGAGAACUCACACACCAACUACUUCAGAGACAACUACAUCAACAACACACUCAACAUCAACAACUUCUACAACUUCAACCAAUCACACAACUACUAAGACAACUCCAACUACACAAGAGACUACACAUACUUCCACUAGCACUGAAACCACAAAGCCCACACCUACUCAUACUUUAACCACUCUCACAACUUCUACCACAAUGCCAUUUACAACAGUGAGCACUCACACACCAACUACUUCAGAGACAACUACAUCAACAACACACUUAACAUCAACACCUACUACAAUUUCAACCACUCAGACAACUACUUCAACUACUAAGACAACACCAAAUACUCUAGAGACCACACAUACUUCCACUACCACUGAAACCACAAAACCGACACCUACUCCUACUUUAACCACUCUCACAACUUCUACCACAACGCCAUUUACAACACCAUCUACAACAGUGAGCACUCAAACACCAACCACUUCAGAAACUACAACAUCUACAACACACUCAACAUCAACACCUACUACAAGCUCAACCACUCAUCCAACUUCUUCCACUACUAAGACAACACCAACUACACCAGAGACUACACAUACUUCCACUACCACAGAAACCACAAAACCAACACCUACUCCUACUUUAACCACUCUCACAACUUCUACCACAACGCCAUUUACAACACCAUCUACAACAGUGAGCACUCAAACACCAACCACUUCAGAAACUACAACAUCUACAACACACUCAACAUCAACACCUACUACAUCCUCAACCACUCACCCAACAACUUUAACUACUUCCAUUACCAAGACUACACCAGAGACCACACAUACUUCCACUGCCACUCAAACCACAACAGCAAUGCCUACUCCAACCACUCAUACAACUUCCACCACAACACCAACUACAACAGUGAGAACUCACACACCAACUACUUCAGAGACAACUACAUCAACAACACACUCAACAUCAACAACUUCUACAAUUUCAACCAAUCACACAACUACUAAGACAACUCCAACUACACCAGAGACUACACAUACUUACACAAGCACUGAAACCACAAAGCCCACACCUACUCCUACUUUAACCACUCUCACAACUUCUACCACAACGCCAUUUACAACAGUGAGCACUCACACACCAACUACUUCAGAGACAACUACAUCAACAACACACUUAACAUCAACACCUACUACAAUUUCAACCACUCAGACAACUACUUCAACUACUAAGACAACACCAAAUACUCCAGAGACCACACAUACUUCCACUACCACUGAAACCACAAAACCGACACCUACUCCUACUUUAACCACUCUCACAACUUCUACCACAACGCCAUUUACAACACCAUCUACAACAGUGAGCACUCAAACACCAACCACUUCAGAAACUACAACAUCUACAACACACUCAACCUCAACACCUACUACAAGCUCAACCACUCAUCCAACUUCUUCCACUACUAAGACAACACCAACUACACCAGAUACUACACAUACUUCCACUACCACUGAAACCACAAAACCAACACCUACUCCUACUUUAACCACUCUCACAACUUCUACCACAACGUCAUUUACAACACCAUCUACAACAGUGAGCACUCAAACACCAACCACUUCAGAAACUACAACAUCUACAACACACUCAACAUCAACACCUACUAAAACCUCAACUACUCACCCAACAACUUUAACUACUUCCACUACCAAGACUACACCAGAGACCGCACAUACUUCCACUGCCACUCAAACCACAACAUCAAUGCCUACUCCAACCACUGAUACAACUUCCACCACAACACCAACUACAACAGUGAGAACUCACACACCAACUACUUCAGAGACAACUACAUCAACAACACACUCAACAUCAACAACUUCUACAACUUCAACCAAUCACACAACUACUAAGACAACUCCAACUACACAAGAGACUACACAUACUUCCACUAGCACUGAAACCACAAAGCCCACACCUACUCCUACUUUAACCACUCUCACAACUUCUACCACAACGCCAUUUACAACAGUGAGCACUCACACACCAACUACUUCAGAGACAACUACAUCAACAACACACUUAACAUCAACACCUACUACAAUUUCAACCACUCAGACAACUACUUCAACUACUAAGACAACACCAAAUACUCUAGAGACCACACAUACUUCCACUACCACUGAAACCACAAAACCGACACCUACUCCUACUUUAACCACUCUCACAACUUCUACCACAACGCCAUUUACAACACCAUCUACAACAGUGAGCACUCAAACACCAACCACUUCAGAAACUACAACAUCUACAACAUACUCAACCUCAACACCUACUACAAGCUCAACCACUCAUCCAACUUCUUCCACUACUAAGACAACACCAACUACACCAGAGACUACACAUACUUCCACUACCACAGAAACCACAAAACCAACACCUACUCCUACUUUAACCACUCUCACAACUUCUACCACAACGCCAUUUACAACACCAUCUACAACAGUGAGCACUCAAACACCAACCACUUCAGAAACUACAACAUCUACAACACACUCAACAUCAACACCUACUACAUCCUCAACCACUCACCCAACAACUUUAACUACUUCCACUACCAAGACUACACCAGAGACCACACAUACUUCCACUGCCACUCAAACCACAACAUCAAUGCCUACUCCAACCACUCAUACAACUUCCACCACAACACCAACUACAACAGUGAGAACUCACACACCAACUACUUCAGAGACAACUACAUCAACAACACACUCAACAUCAACACCUUCUACAACUUCAACCACUCACACAACUACUAAGACAACUCCAACUACACCAGAGACUACACAUACUUCCACUAGCACUGAAACCACAAAGCCCACACCUACUCCUACUUUAACCACUCUCACAACUUCUACCACAACGCCAUUUACAACAGUGAGCACUCACACACCAACUACUUCAGAGACAACUACAUCAACAACACACUUAACAUCAACACCUACUACAAUUUCAACCACUCAGACAACUACUUCAACUACUAAGACAACACCAAAUACUCCAGAGACCACACAUACUUCCACUACCACUAAAACCACAACAUCAAUGCCUACUUCAACCACUCACACAACUUCCACCACAAUGCCAACUACAACAAAUAGCACACAUACACCAACCACUUCAGAAACUACAACAUCAACACCUACUACAAAUUCAACCACUCACACAACAACUUCUACUAGUAAGACAACACCAACUACAAUAGUGACCACUCAUACUCCAAGCAUCACUGAAACCACUACAUUAACCCCUACUACGACUUCAACAAUUUAUACAUCUUAUACGACAACACCAACUACAACUACACCACCCACAUGUUGUAUAACCACAACAUCAACGACCACUGAAACCACAACAUUAACAUCUUCCACUACUGCUAGUACUUCAACCACUGAACCCACAUCUACUGCAACUACACCAUUUACAACUCUUACAACAAAUACACCAGCCACAUCUGAAUCUACCACAUCAACAACACACUCAAUUUCAACCCCUGCUUCGAAUGCAACAACUCACACAACUAUAUCUACUAAGAAAACAGAGACAACCACACCAAUGUCAACCACAGCUGUGACUUCACAUACACCCUCCACCUUAUCUAGCCCUAUUACCGUUAAUUCACCUUCUUUCAGUUCUACUUCUUUUACAGUUAAUAUUCAAACUUAUUCGUCAACACAUCCAUCUUCUGCGGCUCUUGAAAGUGGAACAUCUUCAAUUACUUCAAGCACUAAAAGUCACCCAACUAUGAGCACUAAAGCAACACAACCUUCCACUAAUCACACGACAACAAUCACAAAACCCACCACAUAUUCUACAGUAUCAACUACCAUAUCAACAUCAGUUUCUACCAAACACUCACAAUCCACCCCAGCUCAUGAUAAUAAUGUAACCAUGCCACACCAGUCAACAACUAAACCACAAACCAGCUGUAGCCCUCAUCAAUACCAAGGCACCAUCACUAAGGAUAAUUGCACGGCUGAAGUGCCACUGACCAAGUGUCAGGGAUACUGCGAGUCUGAAUCAUGGUAUCAUGAUGGAUUUGAAGCAGUUGAAGGAAGCUGCCGCUGUUGCAGUCCAGUGAGAAUCUCAGUAAAACCGCUAGAACUUCACUGUCCCGACUCAUCAAAAUCUAUUGUACAGAUCAAAAUAAUUGAACAAUGUGAAUGUAACACAGUACCAUGUUCUAAUGCAAGUUACCAUUAAUUGCAUUUCCACCAGCAAAUAAAUGUUUUCUCUUGCAUCAAUAUGUAUUCUGUCUUAUAAAUUCAAACCAAUUUUAUUCACCAGAUCUGAAAAACGUGUAAAAUAGACCUUUAUGCUUAACCUGAAAUGCUUCUUAACAGUUUAAAUAAUAAACUGUUGUCUUUA